AUGGGCGAGUGCAAGGCGUGCCAGACGCCCAUGGAGGAGAAGAUCAAGCUGUCAAAGGACAGCAUUGCCCCCUUGGUGGACGCCACGAGCUAUCGGAGCAUUGUCGGCGGGCCGCGCUACCUCACGCACACGUGGCCGGACAUUGGGUUCGCCGUGGGGUACGUGAGCCGGUUCAUGGCGGAGCCGCGGGAGGUUCACCUCGCCGCGGUCAAGCAUCUGCUCCGCUAUGUGGCCGGGACGUGUGGAUACGAGCUCGUCUACCCAAGGCGGAACACAGAAGCGCUGGAGCUGAUCGGUUUCAGCGACAGCGACAUGGCGGGCGAUGUCGAUGGACGGCAGAGCACCACAGGCAUGCUCUUCUUCCUUGGGGCGUGCCCGAUCUCCUGGCAAUCAAUGAAUCAGAAGGUCGUCACGCUGAGCACCUGUGAGGCAGAGUACAUUGCAGCGGCGACGGCAUGCUGCCAAGGAGUUUUGCUGGGGUGGCUGCUGGCAGAGCUCACCGGAGAAGAAGCUCGGGCACCUGUCCUGAUGGUGGACAACCAGUCCGCCAUUGCUUUAGCAAAGAACCAUGUCCACCAUGACCGGAGCAAGCACAUCGACACCAAGUAUCACUUCAUCCGUGACUGCGUCGAUGGUGGACAGAUCAGGCUCAAGCAUGUCGAGACUGCUCGACAGCUCAGGGACAUCCUCACCAAGCCACUUGGGCGCAUUCGACUCACUGAGUUGAGGACCAAGAUUGGGGUUGAGUAG